AUGUCUGUACGAAGAAGUACAGCUCACAGGAAUGGGCGCCGCUGUAAUGUGCUGCUAGAAGCAACCCCAAUGCAACGUCUGUACGAUGAAGUACAGCUCACGGGAAUGGGCACCCCUAGAAAAGUGAUUCCUUUAGACAAAAUUGAGGAAACUUUAGAGAGUCUUUUUGCAUUAUCGGAUGGCGAGGAGUCUGAAGAUGGUCACGAAAGUGAUGAUAGGGAAAGUGAGGUCAUAUUCUUGCCACCAAGUUCAUCGGACCUUGAGGAUAUUUUAGCUUCUCCGUCAUCUUCAAAUAACGGGAAUGCCGCCAAUUUUGAACCAGAGGUUCCGUAG